UAUCUCUCUACCGCACUACCGUCAGGCUCGGGCUUGGAGGUGGGUGCCGAACAAGCUCGAGCAAUCAAGGCGCUGCGGAUCGCGCCUGCAUUUGAAGGUGACGUGAGGCUACUUCCCGAUCCCCGUUGGCGGAUGGUAUCCUGAGCACAGCACCGAGCACCGAGCGCAAGUGCACGCUCAGAUGCAUUUGUGGUUAUAAGAGCGCCUCCGUUCUGUGGGAGCUGCAUCACCACGCAUCGAUCUGGCACACCUGUACUCCAUUUACUCGCCCGAACUUGACGCAUGAAGACUCUCGCCCUUGUAUGGCUAGGCCUGGUGGCAGCCAGCGCCUCCACGGAGCGGCGGACGAACAAUGAGUGCCACAAGCCUAUCCGCCGCUUCGGCGCACCUGGGAUGAACCACAACUACUAUCCCGGAUGGGACACAGGCCACCGCAUGUACAACCCGGACGGCACGCGCAACCACGACCACGACCAUGACCACGACCACGGCCAUGGUCACGGCCACGGCCAUGGCUCCGACACGGAUGAGUACGGCCACCCCCACUCAGACCACCACGGCGAGCACAACGGCGAGCCCCCCAACAACGGGGAAGAGUGUGCCGACACCUCGGUUGACGGCACCGUCCAGGAGAUCAUCAACAACCCCACCGUGCCGGUGAACGAGCCGAUCCCCGUCGUAGCGGACAACACGACCGUCCCGGACCUGGUCGACUCUGGUGUCGUGCCAACGACGAACAUCACCGAUCCUGUUCUCGACGACGGCAUGAUGCCGGCGCUGAUGAACUCGUCGACGGGCGGCGACGCCAUCGGAUUCGGCGGCAUCACGAGCAUGAUGGUGCGCCGCUCGCCGCUCGCCGCCCAGCGCGAAGCGCUGGACGCGCGCAAGCGGCAGCUGACCGUCAACGCGCAGCCGGCGCCGCCCGCGCAGAAGUCGGAGACGGAAGAGCCCGACCCCGAUAAGCGCUGCGCGUACGAGCGCACCGAGCAUGUCCUGGGCGGCGACGGGAGCCCAUCCAAGGGCUCGCUCUGGGCGCUUGAGGGAUAUGUCGACCUCGUCGCUGCGGACGUGCAGCAGGGGGGCAUCGGCGACUGCGGGCUCGGCGCGAGCGUCAUGGCCCUCGCUGCCGGCGGGUGGACCCGAUACCUCAAGAACAGCUUUACGCGUGUCGGCACUGGCGAGGGCAGUUACGAGGUCCUCCUGAAGAGAGACGGGGUCACGCAGCGCAUCGCUAUCGAUGACCAGCUCCCCGUGCGCACCGCAGGCAGCGCAAGCAACUGCUGGCCCUACCCCGGGUAUCAGCCGGUCGAGGAUGCUGUCGUCGACGCGACCGACCCGCGCGGAUACAAGAAGACGCCGAUUUUCUUCAUGCCACUCCUCGAGAAGGCGUUUGCAAAGUUCCUGGACGCCAAUCCAGACUGGAAGAGCACACCGCCGGAGGUUAUGGGGUAUCUUGGUCUCGAGGGGAUCAACCCGUCGUUCGCGCUUGCAGCCCUCACCGGUGGCACCCCCAAGCCGGUGUACCGCACACGCGCCGGAUUCGACCCCUUCAUCCUUGGGGCCGUCUUGACGUGCAUGAUCGGCGACGCCCCGUGUGUUAUCGGCACGACUAAUGCGACGACGCUCGAGGGCCUCGGGAUGAAAGACACCACGCAGACAAUCUGGCUCAACCCGGACCGAUCCGAGGGCUAUGCGCCCGGCAACACGGCAGGUAUGACCGCCUCGGACUCGCCUAAGAGCAACAGCACGUACACGGUCAUCGACUUUGACCAGGUCGUGGUCGUCGACGGGCGCGACCGCUCGACGGCCCUCACGCUGGUGGGCACGCACGCGUACGCCUUCGACCACUCCGCGUCGACCGACUGGCCGCUCCAGAACUCGGUGAGCGCGUGGAACGAGGCCCGCAUCAACAUCGUCAACCCCUGGGGCAGCAACCCCUGCUCGUGGCCUGGCGGCGGGUGCGGCAAGGACGGCGGCAUCUACCCCCAAGCAGCGCGCCUCCCGCUCAGCCUGCGCACUUUUGUGCAGACCAUCUACUCGGUCUACACGGUCGAGAACAUGCCUCCGGCGUGAGGGAAGUGUGGCAAUGGACACUGUUUCUAGAUGUAAUACAAAGCGUAGACCAAUAAGGAGUCUGAGAAGUACCUGAGGACGGAUGCACAGAUAAUUGUACGGG